AUGGCGGAGAUCGUCUCCAAAGCAGAAUCUGCAGAAUCCAAUCCUUGGCUUACCGAUUCGCACAUUCAGUUAGGUUCUUUGCAGCGCAUAUUAAGUAUUGUUGAGAAGCAUGAACAUGGCAGUUUGCUUCAUAAAGAAAACGAGGAAUCAUCGGUCAGCCAACAGUUUCAAACGGACAACUGGAUAUCAUCGAAAUUACUCAAAACCUUAUCUAAAAUCGAUACUUUAACCGAGGCCUUAGAUAACGUUGAUUGCGAAAUGUGCUAUAUAGAGAAAGAUAAAAUGACUCGCGAUAUUACCCGUAUCGAUCAUUUAGUAUCCAAAGUGGAAUUGCUGGAAGAUCUAACUGCUCAUCUUACUAGUGUGAUUGAAAAGCAGGAACGAAUACUAUCCGUUCUGCAGGAAUCUGUCAUUGGUGAUUAUUUGGAAGUGAAUGCAAAGUAUCAUGGAGAUGUCGUGCAUUUUUUUCCAGCAAUAGCGAAAGGAAUAGCUUCGUUAAGUGAAAAUUUAAAUAACAUUGGAUGGUUCUCUGAAUUUUUUGUCAGUGCUAGAGAAGCGACCCUGUUACCGUUGUUAACGGCACGCUUAGUUGUGAUAGCUGUUCUGCAGAUCUGGAAUUUUGUCUAUUUAAGCUACUGA